UUGUCCAUUUUCAGCCCAGCAUUUUUAGAGUGUAAAAUAAAAUAAGUUUAAGUUGAAUAACUGCAGCUAAAUAGAAAUAUUAAAAAAAACAAGACGCAUAACAAAAUUUGUAAAAUGAAGUGAAAAUAUAAAAAUAAAAGCUAAUUUAAAAAUAUUAACACUAAAACAACACGUAAGUGUUAGGGUUUUUUUUUUUUUUUUUUUUUUUUUUUUUUUAAUGGGGGGGUCACUGCAUCCAUUUCUUUUUCCCUACAAAUACUGACUGACUGAAACUGAAUCAUGAGUUCUCCAUAAAAAUGUUUCUCAGCUACAAACUUUAAAAACAAGCAGUGAUAUCAGCUCAAACAUCAGUUCAUCUGAAGGAACGCCGUACACUUCUGUCAUCCCGGGAAUGUGAGGAGAUGAAUCUGUUGUAGAAGAGUUGAAUCCAUUGAUUGAGGAGAAUUUCCUCAGGGCUUUUCUUGGCAUUAGAGCAACACACGGCCCCUGUGAGUCAGGUGACGGCCACGGGACGGCCCCAGUAAUCCUGCCAAAAGAGCGUAUAAAUCCAGAGCUGUGGGAAUGAGCAUGUAAUGUGUGGAAGGACAGCAUUAUACGCGUAUAACUGCAUGUAAUCCUUAAAAACACAUUGAUUCAGUGUGUUUGUGGUCAGUAAUGAGCCGCGGCAUCUGAGGGAGACACGGAUAAACUGCAGAAGAUAUUCCAGACAUGAGGAGAUCCGCUGUGUUGGCUCUGAUCUGCUGUAUGGGAUGGAUUGAGCUGACGGAGGCUCAGUUUCCUCGCGUCUGCUGCACCGUGGAGGGAAUCCGGUCCAAGGAAUGCUGUCCUGCGCUGGGACCAGACCCGGAAAACCUGUGCGGAAUUCUAUCUGGCCGGGGAAACUGCAGUGACGUUCACGUGGACUCCAAACCCUGGGGAGGACCAUACAGACUGAGGAACGUGGACGACCGGGAAAACUGGCCAACGAAAUUUUUCAACCGGACCUGCCGAUGCUUUGGUAACUUUGCAGGUUAUAACUGCGGCGAGUGUAAGUUCGGCUGGACGGGGCCGAACUGUGAUCAGCGUAAAGCUCCCAUCGUGAGGAAGGACAUUCACUCUCUGAGCGCCGCAGAGCUGCAGGAGUUCCUCAGUGUUCUGGAUCGGGCCAAAACCAGCGUCCACCCGGAGUACGUGAUCGCCACUCAGCACUGGCUCGGCCUGCUGGGGCCCAACGGCACCGAGCCGCAGUUCAGCAACAUCUCCAUAUACGACCUGUUCGUCUGGCAGCACUACUACUCUGUCCGAGACACGCUACUAGGUCCAGGACGUCCGUUCAAAGCCAUCGACUUUUCCCACAAGGGUCCGGCGUUCAUCACCUGGCACAGAUAUCACCUGCUCAGCCUGGAGAGAGAACUACAGAAACUCACCGGUAACGAGAACUUCGCUGUGCCGUACUGGAAGUUCGCGACGGGCCGGGCGGAGUGUGACGUCUGCACUGACGCUCUGCUGGGAGGACGAGACCCCGGGGACCCGUCCCGCAUCAGCCCCGGCUCCAGGUUCUCCCGCUGGUCCGUGGUGUGUGACAGUCUGGAUGAAUAUAAUCGUCUGGUGACCCUGUGUAACGGCACUAGCGAGGGAUCCCUGCGCAGGGGACUCCUGCAGAGCACUAAUGUGACGUUACCGAGCAUGAACGACGUCAGGAGCUGCCUAAACCUGCCAGACUUCGACAGUCCGCCGUACUUCACCAACUCCUCCUUCAGCUUCAGGAACGCUCUGGAAGGAUACGAGCGGCCGGACGGUGAGCUGGACGCUUCAGUGUCGAACCUGCACAACCUGGUGCAUCAGUUCCUCAGCGGCACCAGCGCUCUGUCCCACUCCGCCGCCAACGACCCCAUCUUCCUGGUGCUUCACGCAUUCACCGAUGCCAUAUUUGAGGAAUGGAUGAGACGUUCCCGUGAAAACGCCAGCUUUCCAGAUGAGAUGGCCCCUAUCGGACACAACCGGCAUUAUAACAUGGUUCCCUUUUUCCCACCUGUGACCAAUGAGGAGAUCUACAUCGCAUCCGAACAGCUGGGAUAUUCCUACGCCAUUGACCUUGAAGAGACGGACAGCGGACCGACCGUGUUUGUUCUGGGAGGAACACUGGGAGGAAUCUUCCUCGGGCUUCUGCUGCUGCUCCUGUUCCUUCAGCGGAGGAGAAGACGCCAGUUCCAGCCGCUCCUGAACGCAGAGUUCACCAACACAAAAUACACCGAGGAAGCUUGACCACAUCAUCACAGAUCACGGGUCUGUCCCAAAUCCCGACAGGCAGAGUAAAAACUCCAUGAUGAUGAUUAAAACGCAGUAAAUCACAAACUGAUGGUUAUUCAAAUAAGAGAAGAGCAAUGAUUUUAUCUGCUGAAUUAUAUCAGCUGCCAUGAAAUGAAAUAGAAAGCACUGAGAUGUCUCUAUACACUUCAAAAGUGUGGGGUUUGUAUUUUUUAAAGAAAUUAAUCAUUUUAUUCAUCAAGGACGCAUUAAACUGAUCAAAAGUGACAGUAAAGACAUUUAUAAUGUUACAAAAGAUUCUAUUUCAAAUAAAUGCUGAACUUUCUAUUCAUCAAAGAAUCCUGAAAAAUAAAAUGGAUCACAGUUUCCACAAAAAUCUGAACUGUUUUCAACAUUGAUAAUAAUCAUAAAUGUUUCUUGAGCAUCAAAUCAUCAUAUCAGAAUGAUUUCUGAAGGAUCAUGUGACACUGAAGACUGGAGUAAUGAUGCUGAAAAUUCAGCUUUGAUCACAGGAAUAAAUUACACUUUACUAUAUAUUCACAUAGAAAACAGCUGAUUUACAUUGGAAUAAUAUUUCACUGUUUUACUGUAUUUUUGAUCACAUAAAUGCAGUCCUGGAAAGCAGAAGAGAGUAAACGACCCCAAACA